AUGUUAGCUUCCGAAGUUCGAGUGCCAGAUCAAAGUUCAAAAUUGAACCGUUUUAAAAGUUCGCUUCUUUGCUUACAUUUCAGGAAUUUCUCGAGGGCCGCUGGGGAAGGAUACUGCCGUAAUUCUCACGAAGACGCUUCAAAAUGUUUGAAGGUCGAUAAGAGCUUACGGAGCUUUUUCGAUGAAAGCCAGGUCGAAAUCCUAGCGGAGCACGUCGAUGUGCCGGUAGUCAUUGAGGUGUAUAUGGGUAUCGGUAGACAGCGCGACAGCCCUGCUUGUCGAGGUGAUGGCGAUGACAUGUACCUCGGACCUGGAGAAUGUCCGUGUGGCAGUGAGGGCGCCUCCAACGAGGUUGGAUUGCCGUGA